GUAAAAAGUCGAUUUUGGUCGAAAGUCGAACUCGUUGCCUUCUCUAAUGUAUUCCCCUUGUUGAAUUAGAGCAAACUUUGAAAUGGCAGAGGAAAUUGACGAAAGUGGCUUCUAUCGCCAGGAUUUCAGCGCAGCCUCGGAUUGGGAGAUAUUCACUGCACGACUUGGUGAAAUUUUUCAUAAACUUACCGACAAAAAUUCUGAUGAUUGUGUGAACAAUGUGUUUCUUUGUGAUUGGGAAGUGCAGACGGAGACGCUUAUUUUUCUUAAAGAGAAAAUAUCGAUUAGUUAUUAUACUACCAGCAAAGAAGAGGCAAAGAAGAAUUUUGCAAGAAACGGAACAAAUAGUUCAAUAUAUAAUGACCUAAUGGCAGCUGAAAGCACAUUCGGACCAUCGCUAAUAUCCAAAAAUUCCAAAAGUGCGCAUGCGAUCUCUUUCCUGUAUGGGUUGCAUAGUUUUGUGUUGAUCCAUCUACAUCAAUCACACAAGCAAUUGUUAUCAAAUCCAUUCAGCUUUUUCUUAAGUGCCGCAGCGAUCGUGUCGGCAGAAUAUUGUCCAAUGAUCCCUAUCUUUGUGCAAAUCCACGAUACAAAAUUAAGUAUAUUUCUCGGAAUAGGAAUGCACUUAACGCAACGUACUAAUUUUGAUGUAGUGUCUUAAACAGUCACCGAUUGAAUGUCGAUACCUAUCUGGUUUGCUGUCGUUAUUCAAAGAGAAACUUCCAGCGAAUUGUGUGUAUCCGAUCACUGUAUCCGUGCGAAAUACUUACGCUCUAAAACCAGUACGUAAACGAAUUUCAAUGAGCUUACCAUUAUAUGAAUCUUCCUGUGAAAAUAAUGAAUUUUUAAAUAUCAAGAAAUUUAUUGCACUUCCAUGCGGAUAUUUCCCCGAUGCGUGUACUCAAGUAUACCUUGGUUACGAUUGGUUGGAGGUUCCUGAAAGCGGUGCUAUAGAUUCACCGCUGCAUUCUGACUUUGUUCCGUCGAAGUCGCACAACUGUAUACAUUCUGAUAAAGGUACCUUAGAAACCUACAUAGGACAGAGUUUAACGGAAUAUCCAAGCGGUUCAGAAAAGUCACUGCCACACAUAACAGAUCCACAUCUUCGACGUUUUCGUUUAAGCCAUCUGCCUGAAGAUUCAAAUUUUCUAAAGGGUUCUAAUAAUAUAGCUGGCCCGCUUAAUGAAAAUGAAUUAAGACAUUUCUUGGCGUACUUAUUUCCCGAUUUGUAUCCUGAUGUUGCUAAAUAUAGCUUUUCGAAUGAUCCAAAGGAGAUGAAAGAAUAUGACAUGCAUCGAAUAAAAUCAGCAAUGAUGGAUUCUUUGUCUUGGCGCCUUAGUUGCCUACUAGCUACCUGCAACGCACAUUAUGGAGGUAAAAGCGGACUUGCCCAGCUAUGGGCAGCAUUCACCAGGGAACUUCGAUUUAUAUGGGAUACCAGAUUAUCUAUACAAGGUCCCGGUAUACGUGGAUCAUCCGACGCGCUUGGUUCCGUCAUUUCACAGUUUAAACUGAAGCUGCAGAAAAACCGUUUCGCGGGGAGCAGCGAACAAAGUACGCAGUCACUUUGUACGUAGCAUCGCUUCGAAAGCGUCAUCAACAUCUUUGUGAAGCAGCAGAAGGCUCAACGAAGCACGCCAGCAGAGCAUGCAGUUAUAAACCAGCACCGAAAAAUCUUCGACGUCACAGCAAGCUUCUGGGUGAAGCAAAAGACACGUCAGUUCCAGUCUGAAGCAGCUGAACGCCACCGAACGCAGCACCAGGGUACACAGUCGUUGCAAUGAGCAGCGAAUAUUUAGUGAAAUAGCAGUCAGCUUCUGGGUGAAGCAACCAAAGGCGCAGCAGUAGAGUGCGCAACCAUUUUGGUGAAGUCGAAGUCAGCUUCCUUCUGGGUGAAGCAGCAACAACAAAGAAUUUCUGAGUGAAGUAGCGAAAGUCGCAGUUUUGGCGUAGCGGCAGAGUACGAAAUCGUUUGAACGACAGCUAUAAUAAGUUGCGGCCAGCUUCUUGAUAAAGCAAAAACUUCAACUUCUGAGUGAAAAAGCGAAGCGCUCAACAGAGCAAAGUCUUUCAGUGCAGCGGCAGAGUGCACAGUCCCGCAGAAUACGCAGAGUGUACUGGCCGUUAAGCCUUUGCCUUUGACCAGUGCGUUUGCAAGUAACUGAAAACGACAAAACAGCAUAGCAAAGAAAAACGCAGAAGAAAAAGCAGAUCAGUGUGGUUGCCCAAUAUCAGUGAGAACGACACUACCCUUUGUACGCAAAGAAAGGAGAGGACGUCAUCAAACAGUGAGUGUCAAGCAGCGUUGAAUAAAGCAGGCAAAGCAGAAGGAAAGACACAUCAACGGUGAGAAGGUUUUUAUCCAACGAAAAUAGAGCGGAGCAGAUGCAGGAAGCGGUAAAAGCAGAGAGCAGCGGCUGGUAGGAUAUACGACUGUCACGUAUGCGACGUAUGGAAAUACCCAUAUAUUAUUUUCUCACCCUUUUUAUUUCUC